GUCAUGGCACGUGUGUUUUCUCCGUUAUUUUCUGUCUAAAUUUAGCUAGUUGCUAAUUUUUACUCUGUUUUUUUGCGAUUUAUAUUUAUAUAUUUUCCUCUCCAUUCAAUAAUUUAAACAGAGAGAAAGAGAUUAUUGAUUGGUAAUCCUUUUGUUAAUUCCCUUCUUCUCUCCUUUUCCGUUUUUCUCCAGACGCCCUUGUGGGACUCCUUUCUGCAUCUAUUACUCUGAUGGAGGAUGUACAAGUUGCUCAAGUUAAGCCUCCUCCAGAGUCUUCCCCGUCUUCUCAAAAUAACAAUUCAAUGAUCACCAUUGUUAAUGGAAAGGUUGUAUCUGACCAUAAUCAACUUCUUCCAACAGAAAAUGUUGUGCCAACAUCAACAUUGGAUUUUAUGAAUAUCGACGAGCAAUAUAAAGUCAAGGGUUGGUCAAAAAUUGAAGCAGAGACGGAUCACUCUAAUAGUCAAACACCUAUCGAAAAUACUGGAGCGACUGAUAUUUCCUCAAAUGGACACAAGUAUCUAGAAAAAGUCGAAGUAUUUCAUGGUUCUGCUGAUGUAAUGAAAAAUAUGUCGGAUAUUCUGGUGUCUCCAGAUGCUUAUACUAUUGAAAGACCCCGAGUUCGUAUUGAUGACAUUGAACCGGCUGAUCCCUCACCUAUGAUAAGCUCACAACACAGUGAGAUUGAUCUGCCCCAAGUAAAGGUCAGAGUGCAAUCAGGAGAACCUGCCUCAGCCUCACCACGAGCAAAUAUUUUCAGUCCUGAUCUCGGAACUCCACUCUCUUCCGCUUCGAGCAAAGAUUCUAAGCAGGCCGACAUAAGUAGAGGUCUCAUUGAUACUACAGCACCUUUUGAAUCUGUUAAAGAAGCUGUUUCCAAGUUUGGAGGAAUUGUAGAUUGGAAAGCCCACAAAAACCAAACAGUUGAGAGGCGCAAACUCGUGGAACAAGAGCUAGAGAAGAUACACGAGGAGAUGCCCGAGUACAGGAGACAGUCGGAGGAAGCUGAAUAUGCAAAAUUUCAAAUUCUAAAGGAGCUGGACAGCACGAAAAGACUCAUUGAAGAGCUGAAGCUCAAUCUGGAGAGGGCGCUAACAGAAGAGCAUCAAGCAAAACAAGAUUCUGAACUCGCUAGGCUCAGGGUUGAAGAACUGGAACAGGGGAUUGCUGACGAGGCCAGUGUUGCUGCCAAGCAACAGCUUGAGGUUGCUAAACAAAGGCAUACUUCUGCAGUUUCGGAACUGAAAUCCGUUAAUGAUGAGUUGGAAACUCUGCGAAUGGAAUAUGCUUCCUUGAUUGCUGAGAAAUACGAAGCUGUGAAAAAAGCCGAAGAGGCUGUUGCUGCGUCAAAAGAAGUUGAGAAGACGGUGGAGGAACUUACAAUUGAGUUGAUUGCUACAAAGGAAUCCCUAGAGUCUGCACAUGCUGCCCAUCUGGAGGCAGAGGAACAAAGAAUCGGAGCAGCUCUCGCGAGAGAGCAAGAUUCUCUCUAUUGGGAAAAAGAAUUAAAGCAGGCAGAAGAGGAGCUCCAGAGACUUAACCAGCAAGUUCUUUCAGCGAAAGAUCUCAAAUCAAAACUUGACGUAGCCUCGUCUUUGCUACUCGAUUUAAAAGCUGAAUUAGCAGCUUAUAUGGAAUCUAAAUUACACGAGGACAGCAGUGAAGGAAGCACAACCACUGAGCAAAAUGAACUGGAGAACAAAAGUCAUACCGACGUACAAGUAGCAGUGGCUUCGGCGAAGAAGGAACUUGAAGAAGUGAAGGUUAACAUACAAAAGGCAACCGACGAAGUGAAUUGUUUGAAGGUGGCUGCCUCAUCUCUGCAGUGGGAGCUUGAAAAAGAAAAAUCAUCACUCGCAACAAUGAGGCAGCGAGAAGGAAUGGCGUCCGUAGCAGUUGCUUCUCUUGAAGCGGAGCUCGAUAGUACUCGGUCAGGAAUGGCCUUGGUCCAUAUGAAAGAGAAAGAAGUAAAGGAUAAGAUGAUGGAGUUACCCAAGCAACUGCAACAAGCAGGACAAUCGGCUGAUGAGGCCAAGCAAUUGGCCCUAAUGGCUCGUGAAGAGCUGCGCAAGUCGAGGGAAGAAGCAGAACAAGCAAAGGCGACAGCAAGUACAAUGGAGAGCCGGUUACUGGCCGCUCAGAAGGAGAUAGAAGCUGCUAAGGCUUCCGAAAAACUGGCUCUUGCAGCUAUCAAAGCAUUACAGGAGAGUGAAUCUGCCGUAAGCACAAAGGACUCGGAUUCAGGCGCGGGUAUAACUCUUUCUUUAGAGGAAUACUACGAGCUGAGCAAACGCGCUCACGAUGCCGAAGAGCAGGCCAACACGAGGGUGACAGCCGCUCUUUCUCAAAUUGAGUUGGCUAAAGAGUCCGAGUUGAAAACUACAGAGAAGCUAGAGGAUGUGAACCGAGAGAUGGGAACGAGACGGGAAGCACUAAAAUCUGCAAUGGAAAAGGCUGAGAAGGCAAAGGAAGGGAAGUUAGGUGUGGAACAAGAGUUGAGGACGUGGAGAGCCGACCACGAGCAGCUACGAAAGGCGGGCGAACCUGUUCAAGGAGGCGGUAGAGCAAGCUUCGAGGGUCAAAAAGAAGCGGCAAAGUUUGAACGGGUCGAAGAUGCAUCUUUACGAUACAGCGCAAAUGCAAAACCAUUGGGACGUGAAACAAGCAUUGAAACUGAAUCAUCCCCAGAUGUAAAGGAUGUAAAGGUUCAGAAGAAGAAAAAGAAAUCAUAUUUCCCAAGGUUUUUAAUGUUCUUGGCAAAGAAAAGGACUCAUCAUGCAUCAAGGCAAGCUUCUGCAUAGUUCGUGAGAUUUUUACAUAUCUUUACUGGGGAUUUACACUCACAUUCAUCAAAACAAGAAUGUAUAUGUUGGUGUGUUGGCUGCAUUAUAUAUUUUGGUUAUAGAUUAAAAAAAAGAAUUGCUGAUUAGCUUUGCGGAGAUAAUUUGUUUUCUACCCUUUGUUGGCUGGUUGAAGACAUAAUAAGUUGUUUCUAUAAUGUAUAGGUUUAAGAAAUUCAAACAUUGUAAAGGUGUGAGAUUGGUUCAAUCAAAGAUUUUCCUUUUUAGUUUUUUCA